UGGACAACAUCCUACUGACAGAAUAGAUCACCCGCCCAGUAGGAUGAUUUUAAUCGCUUUAUUAUACAGUAAUGAAUUGUUCCAUCAGCAUAAACUAUACCUCAUUUUGUAGUUCAAGCUUCGAUGAUGCAACAACAAAACACGCAAAAUUGCUAAGAAACACAGGCUUACAAUAUAUAUGAAAGCAAAAUACACUCCGCCAUGUCGACUGAUGGAGACUAGAGAGUUUCCCGAUAUAUUUACAUUUAAUUUACAUUGACACAACAGUGCUCAACAAAUGCUCUUAUAAGCCAAAACAAAUUGGCUCUUAUAUACGCGGAAAUACAGUAGGUUCAAUAAACUGCGGCUUAGGUCUUGAGUUAUGAGCUGUACUCACAAUUUUCCCGCAUCAUUAUCUGGUGUAGAAGAAGUUUAAUAUUAUAGCUUAAGAACACAAAAGAGUCUAAAUCCAGCAGCGAACACUAGUAGUUGAUCGCGAAUUUGUGCCUAACAAUAGGCUGGCCGAAAUAACGCAACACGUGGAACUUUUGGCUCGUGUUGCGUUACCUUAUACCAUUUAUCUUACUUAAUUUUAAGUAUAUCGAAGUUAUAGGAAUCUAUAUGACAAUUUUAAACGUUGAUUCGAUUAUAAAUAAAAAGAAACUGGAACGUUGUAAACUUCUAAAUUACUCAAUUUAAUUUUAAAAUAUCGGAUCCCGUUACGUGUUUUAAAAUGUAAUAGAUAACUUAUUAUUACUUUUGUUCUAUAUGCUAUUUAAUGUAAUAAUAUCGCAUAAACAUCCUGUAUCAGUUUUACAUAACAGAUAAGUCUUACAGUAUAUAUUGGUUUUCUUUUAAUAAAUCAUAUUUGUAAUUUGUAUCAUUACUCAACACAAUAAAUUUUAUUUAUGUUAAAAAUAAUUUUAGUUUGCGUAGAAAGAUGGGUGGAGUAUGUCGGCCUUUGCUAACUCUAAUAUGGAAAGAUUGGCGUUUCCAUCGGAGGCAUUAUAUUUUGACAUUUUUCGAGUUUAUAUUACCUCUUUGUAUCCCGGCAUGGUUAACGUACGACAGUUCUACUCUUCGAGCUUUUAAUUUAUUUAAAUAUAAUGGUUCCAUUAAUUCAGAAAAUAUAUUACAUAAGCACGAAAUCUUUUACGAGCCAUACGAUUUAAAUCCAUAUAAUUGGCCAUAUGACCUUUAUUAUGCACCAAAUACGUCUUCCUGCACGAAAUUCGUCAAAGAUGCGUUCUCAAAUCCAUAUUCAAUGUUUAAAGGAUUCGAAACCGAAGAUGAUUUAGAAAAAUAUCUUCGUUAUAAGAAUGAAUUACAUAUGUUCCGGAUACAGGCAGUUAUAUUUUCUGAAUGUGAUCCAAAUUCAAAAGUAUUGAAAUAUAAAGUGAGAAGCUGUUGCACAAAUUUCAGAACAAAUAUGCUUUAUGGGUCUUUAAGUGAUGUACGAAGUGAAGAACCCUCAAAUUUCCCUAAAUUCUUCUAUUCAACUUAUUUACAGUCUUCAUUUUUUAUUCAAAUACAGAGAAGUAUUGACUUGAUGUUUAUCAAAUUGCAUGCCAACACCAUUCAGAAAAAGCAGAUAAUUGAAAAUCUUAGGUUUACUCUACAGUCUAUGCCAUAUCCACCUAAUGAUGAAGUAAAGGCAAUGUCUGUCGAGUUGAUAGCAGUUUCAUUUGUUAUGAUUAUAAAUUUUGUAUUCAUAUUUCCAAUAAUUGUAAAAAGAAUUGUUGAAGAAAAAUGUAGCAGAACAAAGGAAAUCAUGAAAAUGAUGGGUAUUAGUGAACUGACAUAUUGGACAGGAACAUUUAUCAGCAACUUCUUAGAAUUAUUAUUACAUGAUUUGUUUAUCGUUUUUAUGUUUUCAAUUGAAUUUGUUAAAGGCCAUUCAGUGGUGUUGAGAGGUGUUUCCCCUAGUUUAUUUUUUGUUCUGAUGCUGUUAUAUAGUAUUUCAUCACUGUUGUUUUGUUUCUUAAUUACAACUGUAUUUAAUAAGCCCUCUUAUGCUGUAAUAAUGACAGUUAUUAUAUGGAUUGGUAGCUUUUUAGGACCUUUCAUACUUGUAGUACCAUUUGGUACAGAUGUUUUUGCUAAUACGCAUUUUAAUACUAAAGUUUUAACUUGUCUUUUACCAAAUAUGGCAUUUGUUUGGGUAUGGUUUGCAUUCUCACAUUUUGAAUUUUUGAAGGGUGGUACCCACUGGAAAGAAGUUUUGGAAUCACCAACAAUUUAUGGAGAUGGUUUUAAUAUAGGAUUAAUAUUUGGAAUGUUUCUUGUCUCGAGUCUUAUUUAUAUUGUAUUAAUUUGGUAUUUGGAUUCUGUUUGGCCAUGGAAACCAGGUGUACCAAAACCAUUUUAUUUUUGUUUUCUU